AUGGAUAUCGUUUUGGAGAUCAUGGACACCUUUGUCCUGGACAAAGUUUAUGCCACUCUACUGCCGUCGCCCAACCCGAUUGCCGCUCCCGCGAACGUGACGCUCAACGGGCUUUCGUCCGCGUUCGAGAGCCAUGUUUACGGCGUUGACCCUCCUCAGUUCUUCAAGCCCUCGGACCUCGCGUACGCCUCGCUUCUGUGCCGCUCAAAUCCGCUCCGGCAGUCCAUCUCGUUCUUUGUUAUUACAACUUUCUUUGGUGCACUUCUAUAUUUGGUGACCGCCUACAUGAAUUAUUUGUUUGUCUACAACCACGAGAAUUUCAACCAUCCCAAAUACCUGAAGAACCAGGUCAAGCUUGAAAUCAAGCAGUCGCUCACCUCCAUUCCCAUGAUGACCCUGCUAACCGUGCCUUGGUUUGUUGCCGAGUGCCAGGGAUACUCCAAGCUGUACAUGAACCCCAAAGACUACGGAACCUGGUACAUGUUUUUCCAGUUCCCGCUGUUUAUCCUGUUCACUGACUGCUUGAUCUAUCUUAUCCACCGCUGGCUGCACACCCCGGCCGUUUACAAGCACCUCCACAAGCCUCACCACAAGUGGCUCGUGCCCACUCCUUUCGCCUCCCAUGCGUUCCACCCGGUCGAUGGCUAUUUCCAGUCCGUUCCAUACCACCUGUUCCCCUUUGUGUUCCCUCUCCAUAAGGUCGCCUACGUUGUGUUAUUCAUUGCCGUCAACAUUUGGACCGUGCUCAUACACGAUGGCGAGUACUUGUCGCACGACCCAAUUGUGAAUGGCUCGGCCUGUCACACAAUUCACCACCUGUACUUUAACUACAACUAUGGUCAGUAUACCACGCUUUGGGACCGUCUGGGCGGCACCCAUCGCGAGCCAGACCGGGAAUUGUUUGAUGGCAAUUUGAAAAACUCGAAAUCGACGUGGGACACCCAGGUCCGUGAACUCGAGAAAAUCCGCGCUGAAGUCGAGGGCGACGACGACCGCGUUUACACCUCUGGUGCCGCCUUAUAA